UUCGCACCGAAAAUUAAUUUCAUCGUCAGAUGCAGUUGAAAGUUGCCUUAACAAAAAUUUAAAAAGUGCCUUACAUCGGCUUCUAUUAUUUGUGAUAAAACAAAGUGCUCUUCAGUGAAUACUUUUCCUUGCCCUUUUAAGAUAUCUUCCAUAUAUAACCAGACACGGAGCCUACACUCAGUGUUCUUGUCCGUUCGUGAUUUUUCCCUAAAUUAUUCAACGAAUCACAAUGACAUCAGUACGUGGUUUGAGUAAUUAUUGGCAACACAUUUUUUCCGAAAAUAGCAGUGAUGAUGAGCAAUCAUUGGUGAGCUCUAUCGGCUAUGAAACAUCCAAAGAAAUGAUUGAAAUCGUACAAAGACGUGAACAAUGUAAAAACCGAAAAACCGCCAACAUUUUUGAUAAAUUUUGUCUUUUAAUGUGGAAGAACUUUUUACUUCAAUACCGCCACAAAAUACAAACGAUCUUCCAAAUCUUCAUUCCGAUGCUGUUCACUGUGAAUCUAUUAUUUAUUCGAAUUUUGGUAAAACCUGAAAUUGAGGCCAAAAAUACUUACUUCAAGUCCUUUGAUAUGAAACUUGAAACGAAUAACAGUAUCCCAGGGAAUAUAAGUGAAUUGAAAUUAAUUUAUUGGCCCAAAAAUGAAGUCUUUGGGAAUUUAACCAAAGAAAUAACAGCCGAUCUUAGUUAUCUAUCUAAACGCCGUUGGAAACCAAUGUGUGUGCAAAAUUCAACCAGAAUUGGAGGAAUAAUGAAAAAACGAAACGAUGUAUUUGCAGCAGUUGUAUUUCAUCACAAACAUGUAACCGUAUUACCAAAGAAACUAGACUAUAGUUUGCGUUUCCCAGGUGAACUUAGAACGAACUUCACAAAGGAUCCAAUCGUUUUCAGUUGGCAGACAAAUAUGGAUUACCCACAAUAUUCCGGUGGUGGACCACGUGCAAAGCACACGGACCAAGGUGGAGCACCAAAUUACUUUUUUGAAAGUUUUCUGGCCAUACAACAAUUAAUCGCAUUCAGAUUUACUAUCAAUCAUAUGCAAAAUAACUGGACUGAUGAUUUAAAUCGUCAGUCGAUGAUGCCCACAAUUAAAAUGCAACGAUUUCCGUACCCGCCAUACAUGAAAGAUGACCUGCUCGAUGGAUUGGACAGAGCCAUUGGUUUGUUUAUUAUGUUAAGUUUUGUCUAUCCGAUAAUAUGUACGGUUCGAAUUAUCGCGGUGGAAAAGGAGAAACAAUUGAAAGAAAUUAUGAAAAUUAUGGGCAUGCCGGUUUGGUUACAUUGGGCCAGUUGGUUUGUGCGAACAAUGUUCUUUUUGUCUAUUUCCAACAUUUUGGUGAUCGGUGUACUAAAGUUUCCAGUAUUUCAUUCAAUCGCCAUUUUUACACACUCGGAUUGGAAGUCUAUGUGGGGUUUUCUACUUGUGUAUGGUGCUUCAAUGACAACAUACUGUUUCAUGUUAAGUGUUCUAUUCUCAAAAGCGAAUACUGCCGCCGCUGUAUCUGGACUCAUAUGGUUCGUCUCUUACAUGCCAUAUGUUUUUCUCACAAUCAACAACAACAUCAAAGUGCCCAAAUUAGUGCAACGGCUGGCGUGCAUUUCGCCAAAUGUUGCAAUGUCAUAUGGAUUCAAAACAAUUGCAGAGUACGAACGAAAUGUUGGUGGUUGGCGAUGGGGGAAAUCAAUUGAAAUAACUGACGGCAAUAUCGAAGUUGAAACAACCAUGUGGUUCAUGACAAUAACAGCCUUUGUAUUUCUUCUGAUUGCAUUCUACAUAGAAAAAGUAUUUCCCGGUGAAUAUGGUGUGCCACACAAAUGGAAUUUCUUUUGCAAAAGUGAUUUUUGGCUCGGCGAUGAUGGAUACACUAAGAGAGCUGCCGUAAAUAUUCAAGAGAAAAAUGAGAAUUUCGAGUACGAACCAGUGAAUUGUGAGGCCGGUGUUCGAGUGAAAAAUCUUCGAAAGAUAUUCACCAAUGGAAAAGUAGCCUGCAAAAAUGUAACUUUCAACAUGUUCCGGAAUCAAAUAACGGUGCUAUUGGGCCAUAACGGAGCCGGCAAGAGUACAACCAUCAAAAUGUUGACGGGUUUGAUACCACCGACAUCAGGUACUGCCAUCAUAAAUGGAUAUGACAUCCGAACCGAUCUUCGCCGAGCAAGAGAAUCGAUCGGAAUAUGCCCACAACAUGAUAUUCUCUUUGAUGAACUAACUGUGCGUGAACACAUUGAAUUCUAUUGUCGAC